AUGCUCAAUUGUAAAGCAGAAGGAUAUCCGGAACCUACAAUAGAAUGGUUUAAAGAUGGCGAAUUGGUUAAAUCGACAAAAUCAAGCGGUGCUUUUCUCUCUAUGGGUUCCCUAUUUUUUUUCAAAGGAUUGCACAGGAGAAAGGAUAGCACGGACGAAGGAGUUUAUUGGUGCAUAGCUAAAAAUUCAGCUGGUGUCGCAAAAAGUAGAAAUGCGACGCUUCAUUUAGCCGUUCUUCGUGAAGAUUUUAGAGCUUUUCCACACAACACGAGAGUCGCAUUGGGCGAAACUGCUUUGUUAGAAUGCGGUCCACCGAAGGGACAUCCGGAACCUGUAGUUUUUUGGAAAAAAAAUGGACACGUUAUUGAUUUAGAUAAAAAUAAAAGGUUUAGAAUUGUCGACGGUGGUAAUCUGGCAAUUCAAGAUGUCCGACAAAGCGACGAUGGAAAAUAUCAAUGCCUUGCUAAAAAUGUAGUCGGAACAAGAGAAUCAGCGACGGCUUUGUUAAAAAUUCACGUGAAGCCAUUUAUCAUCAAAGGACCCGUGGACGCGGUUGUUUUAGCCGGAAACAGCGUUGAUUUUCAAUGUAAAGUUGGAGGAGAUCCUUUACCGGAUGUUCUUUGGAGGAGAACAGCCGGAGCGGGUAACAUGCCUUUGGGUAAAGUUCACAUAACGGACGAUAGAAGUUUAAGACUUGAUAAUGUCACACCAGAAGACGAAGGAGAAUACACGUGCGAAGCUGAUAACGAUGUCGGAAUGAUAUCAGCAUCUGCAACUCUCGUCGUAUAUUAUCAAAUCGUCGAUUUAGAAACCGAUGCUCAAUUUGAAUGCGGAGCCGAUGGAAACCCAAGACCAUCACUUUUUUGGUCCGUCGAAGGAAAUCGAUCAUUAUAUUUUCCAGGAGCAAAAGUUGAUAGGUUUAAAGCUUCAAACACGCCGGAGGGAAGAAUUCUUUUAACUUUACACUCUGCUACUCAAAACGAUUCUGGAAUUGUUGUGAUAUGUUCGGCGGUUAAUCCGGCUGGUUCGGCUUCGUGGAAAGCAAAAUUAAUUGUCAUGUCACCGGAAGAUCAUCCACCGCCGGUCAUUAUCCAAGGACCAAUGAAUCAAACAUUACCGAUAAAAACGAUUGGAAUUUUUCCAUGCAGAGCGAUCGGUAAUCCUUCUCCGAUAAUAUCAUGGUAUAGAAAUGGAGUGCCUUUGGUUUCCGGUAGAGAUAAAAUAAAUAUAUCGGAAUCUGGAAAUCUCGUGAUUCAAGAACUUGAAAGAUCCGAUGCCGGAUAUUACACGUGCGUUGCAUCGUCGGUUAGUGGAAAAUCAACGUGGGCCGCACAAUUAAGAGUAGAAUCACCGAUGAAUCCAAACAUUAAUUUUUUUAGAGCACCGGAUGCUUCUACUUUUCCCGGUGCUCCUAGCAGACCACAAAUUGUUAAUAAAACACAAGAUUCCGCAGCAAUAACUUGGACAAGAAGUCCUAAAAUAGGAGCAUCGUCCCUUCUUGGAUAUCAGAUUGAAUUAUUCAGUAGAGAAACAUCAACAAGAAAUUCAUCUGUCAAUUCCGGAGGAUGGAUUAUUUCAGCAAGAAGAGUUUCUGGACCCACCUAUAUUCAACAACAUUUGCAACCGGGAUUAACUUAUAGAUUUUUAAUUCGAGCUGAAAAUUCACAUGGUUGUGCUGUAUCAGAACCCGUAGCCAUUGAAGUCGGUAAUAAAAAAUCAUUAGAAGACGAAGAUGAAAAUGAGGAUGAAAGGUUGUUGAAAGAAGCAAAAUCGACUCUUUUUUCAAGUCACGUUGUCGAUUUAGUGGAAGCUGUAGCCGUUAGUUCGACAUCUAUAAAAUUAGUUUGGGAGAUUCUCAAUUCGGAAUUUGUCGAAGGAUUUUAUAUUUAUUCAAGAGCGUUAGACGGAGGUAAUCGCGGAGCAGAUUCUUACAGCAUGUUAACAGUAUCACAAGCUGGAGGUGCUUUGGGGUUCCAAGUCACGGGUUUAGCCAAAUAUACAAGAUAUGAAUUUUUUCUUGUUCCUUUUUAUAAAACGGUCGAUGGCAAACCCUCUAAUUCGAAAACAACAAAAACAUUGGAAGAUGUACCGUCGGAACCUCCGAUUCACAUGGAAGCAAUUUUAUUAAAUUCAACAGCAGUUCAUCUAAGAUGGAAACCUCCUCCAACUCAUACUCAAAAUGGAAUAAUCAGGAGUUAUUUGGUUGUCGUAGAAGGAAACGGUCUUAAUAAUUUAUCCGUGACAACAACUUCACCUUCUUUGCUGUUGACUAAUUUAACUGCUGGAAUUACCUAUAAUGUUCGAGCAGCAGCUUGUACAAAACCUGGAGUGGGACCUUUUAGUUCUCCAGCUAGUCUUCGCUUGGAUCCCGCAUCCAGAUUAUUAUUAUUAGAUCAUCAUUUGAGGUUUUUUUUUUUUUUUUUUACAAAUGUUGAAUACCUAAUUUUAAAUUUAAAACAAAAUUACUAA